CGACGGACCUGGAGAAUCCCUACGCACGCUUAGGCUCUUGGGAGUUGUAGUACGAAUCCCCUCAGGAUUGGAACCAUGGCGGUGGCCAAGGAGCUCUUACAGAUGGACCUGUAUGCGCUGCUAGGUAUCGAGGAGAAAGCGGCGGACAAAGAGGUGAAGAAGGCCUAUAGGCAGAAGGCCCUCUCCUGCCACCCAGACAAAAACCCGGAUAAUCCCAGAGCAGCUGAGCUCUUCCACCAGCUUUCUCAGGCCUUGGAGGUACUGACCGAUGCUGCAGCCAGGGCUGCAUAUGACAAGGUCAGGAAAGCCAAGAAGCAGGCAGCGGAGAGGACCCAGAAACUUGAUGAGAGAAGGAAGAAAGUGAAGCUUGACCUGGAGGCCCGAGAGCGGCAGGCCCAGGCCCACGGCAGUGAGGAGGAGGAGGAAAGCAGGAGCACCAGGACACUGGAGCAGGAGAUCGAACGCCUUCGAGAAGAGGGCUCCCGGCAGCUGGAGGAGCAGCAGAAGCUGAUCCAGGAGCAGAUACGCCAGGAGCGGGAUCAGAGGUUGAGAGGAAAGGCAGAAAGUCCUGAAGGCAGAGGAACCCCUAAGCUAAAGCUAAAAUGGAAGUGCAAGAAGGAAGAUGAGUCAAAAGGCGGCUACUCCAGAGAUGUCCUCUUACAGCUUUUCCAGAAGUAUGGAGAGGUGCUUAACCUGGUGCUUUCUAGUAAGAAGGCUGGCACUGCUGUGGUAGAGUUCGCAACCAUCAAGGCUGCGGAGCUGGCUGUCCAGAAUGAAGUGGGCCUGGUUGAUAACCCUCUGAAGAUUUCCUGGUUGGAGGGACGACCGCAGGGUGGGAGGGGCCCCAGCCACUCAGGACUGUCACAGAGGGGAGCCUUUGAACUCCGCAAGUCCGCACAGAGGAGGGAAGAGGGAGGCUGUUGGUAUGGGGCUCAGUGCUGUCGGAGAGGGACUACGAGAGCCUCGUCAUGAUGCGCAUGCGCCAGGCAGCGGAGCGGCAACAGCUGAUCGCCCAGAUGCAGCGGGAGGACGAGGUGGGGCAGCCCACGUAGUCUUCUAACUCCAGCCCACUCACCCACA